GUCCCCAUUGCACUUCUAUCCCCCCAGAUAGAACAUUUAAAAUGGCCCCCGAUCGGACGACAAAAAGAAGACGGGUCAGUCCCCCAGCCGACGAGGACACUUCCACGCGUGCAACCCGCGCCCAGGCCGAGUUCGUCAACAACGCCGCAGAAUGGGACCUCGAGCAGGACUACGAGCGUCGACCGCGCAAGGUGGGAAAGAAAGACAAGGAGGUCACUCGACUGCCGAUCAAGACGGACGAAGGGUUUCAGGCGGUGGAAGAAUCCGAACAAGAGGCAGACGAGUCCGACAGUUUCCUCGGGACCGACGAUGAGGACGAGGGUUUCGAGGGCAUCGAGGAGGAGCCCCAACCCGAGGAACCCAAGAUUCCAUUGAAGCUCCAGAUCAUCCAGGCGAAGGAAGAGAUUGCCCGAGUCGCGAUGCUGAUCAACGAAGAUCCGGAGGACCACAUCUCGUCGCUUAGAAGCAUAGCCGACAUGGCCAGUGAUCGCAGACAUGUCACCAUCCAGAAGCUGGCCCUGGCGUCGCAGGCCGCCAUCUACAAGGACAUCAUUCCCGGGUAUCGCAUCCGUCCUCUCACCGAGUCCGACAUGACGGCCAAGGUCUCCAAGGACGUGCGCAAGGUGCGGAACUACGAGCAGGCGCUGCUGACGGGGUACAAGAGCUACGUGAACCGACUGGUGCACCUGACCAAGACGACGAAAGGAGACGCCCCCGUCGAUCCGAGCCUGAAGAGCGUGGCGAUCAACUGCGUGUGCAGUCUCCUCCUGGGGGUGCCGCAUUUCAACUGCCGCCCGGACCUGACCAAAGUCCUGGUCAACCGGUUGGCCAGACGGCAGGCGGACGCGGACUUUAUCAAGUGCCGCGAGACGAUAGAGGAGGUGUUCGCCAAGGACGAAGACGGGAUCGUCUCGCUGGAGGCCGUCCGACUGCUCUCCAAAAUGAUCAAGGGCAAGGAGUUCCGCGUCAACGAAAGCCUGCUGGACACGUUCCUGCACCUGCGCCUCCUGUCGGAGUUCUCGUCCAAGGCCUCGCGAGACCGCGUCGACCGGCCGUCCGACGAGACCUUCGGCAAGAAGAACCAGAAGAAGGAGUUCCGCACCAAGCGCGAGCGCAAGGUCCAACGGGAGCGCAAGGUCGUCGAGAAGGACAUGAAGGAGGCCGACGCGCUGGUCUCGCACGAAGAGCGCGACAAGAACCAGGCCGAGACGCUGAAGCUGGUCUUUGGGGUUUACUUCCGCAUCCUCAAGCAGCGCAUCCCGAAACUGAUGGGUCCCGUGCUGGAGGGUCUGGCCAAGUACGCCCACCUCAUCAACCAGGACUUCUUCGGCGACCUGCUGGAAGCCAUGAAGGAUCUGAUCGGCCACGCGGACGAGGUGGAGAUGGCAGACGAGGAAGACGAAGAGGAAGAGGAGGAGGACCAGACGACGCGCGAUACCCAGCGCGAGGCGCUCCUCUGCAACGUCACCGCAUUCGCCCUGCUCGACGGCCAAGACGCCAGCAAAGCGGCCGGAGCCCUCCACCUCGACCUGACCUUCUUCGUCAAGCAUCUCUACCGCUCGCUCUACCCAAUGUGCAUCAACCCGGACGUGGAAUACAACCCGAACAGCGCGCUCCGCCUCCCGGACCCCAACCACCCAGGGCGACCCGCACCCCGCAAGAAAGUCGACUUCCAGACGCCCACCGUCCUCCUCCUCCGCUGCCUGCAGUCCGCCCUGCUGUCCCGCUCGCACGGCACUCCACCUCCCUCCCGCCUCGGCAGCUUCACCAAGCGACUCAUGACAAGCUCGCUCCAGCUCCCCGAGAAAUCCGCCAUCGCAACACUCUCCCUCCUCAACCAGGUCGCAAAGUUCCACUCGCGCCGGAUCUCCUCCCUCUGGCACAGCGAAGAGCGCAAGGGCGACGGCGUGUUCAACCCUUAUGCUGCGGACGUCGAGGGGACGAACGUGUUUGCGGGGACGGUCUGGGAGGGCGAAUUGCUGCGGUUGCAUUAUUGUCCUGAGGUGAGAGCGGGGGCUCUGGAUAUGGAGAAGAUGAUUUCUGUGCGGAAGUAGCCUGCUUUCUUCAUGGAUUUCUUUGAUAUAUGUUUUUUUCUUCUUUCAUCAAUGAAGUUUUGAUUAGCGAUUAAGUUGUUU